AUGUAUCAUUUGAAAAGGCACAUAGUGACCCAUCGCAAAGCGACGAAUGGUGAGUGUUACACAUGCCCCGAUUGUCAGAAGAACUUUGCCUUCCCAGAAGACCUCAACAAACACCUGGAGAUUCAUGUGAAAGAAAACAAUGGGACUUGUCCAAAAUGUAACGAAACCUUCAGCAGUCCAGAGGAGCUGGAGACGCACAUGGGAGUUCAUGAAAAGUCUUACACCUGUAACACCUGUGGGAAGAAGUUUAAGGUUGAGUACGCGCUGAAAAAGCAUGAGCAAGGCCACCAAAACGAUCAGUAUUAUUGUUCAUUGUGCCGCAAGCGCUUCAUUAAACUGUCUCACUACAAGAGGCACAUAAUGGUCCACGACAGGCGGGAAUCUAGAUGUCCUCACUGUGACAGCGUCUUUCUACAGUUAACAGCUUUGAAAUAUCACCUGCGGACUCAUACUGAAGAAAGACCAUACCAGUGUUCCUGCUGUAUUGAGACCUUUGAGGAAAAAGAAGAUCUGGAGCAGCAUUGUCUUAAACAUAGGAAAUUCAAAAAGGAGAGGCCUUACUCGUGCACUCGUUGUGACUGCGCUUUCUCCACGUUGAUGGAGCUGACAGACCACAUGAGCUCACAUGAGGGGGAGCAACCGUUGAACUGCCCCGUCUGCGGCAGGACUUUUCUGAACAAGAACAAGCUGGAGAAGCACCUGAGCAUCCACACGGGGGAGAGACCACACCUCUGCUCCAUCUGCGGCAACGGCUUCCCCUCCGCCGCCAGCCUCAAGUUACACAUCCACAUCCACACGGGAGAGAAACCCUUCCAGUGUUCGCAGUGCAGCAAGAGCUUCAGGUCGUCCAGCGGGCUGCGGCUGCACAGCAGGCAGCACAUGGAGGUGCGACCCAGUUACAAGUGUCCCGAGUGUGGCAGGACUUAUGGCCGUAUGACGGAGCUGAAGAUGCACCAGCGGUAUCACACGGGGGACAAACCAUACACAUGCACCUGCUGCAAUAAACGCUUUAUUAGCAAAGAUAAACUGAACGUUCACAUGAGGAUACACACAGGAGAGAGGCCAUAUUCCUGCCCCCACUGCGGACAGACAUUUACACAGACUGGAGACAGAAAUAGACACAUUAGUAAAUAUCACUAG